AUGGGAGGGGAUACCCAUAAGCACUACGCCAGCCAGCACCCAGACCCAGCAUGGAGCAUGCAGCAUUUCAGCAAGUCACCAUCACCAGUGACCAGUGACCAGUCUGGCUUACUGGCUGACAGUCCAGUCGCCAUUAGUUGUGCAGAUGGUGCUGUCCGGUGGAUGGGAGAUGUGGGGGGUCGGCGGUCCGGGCUGCUCUUCUACUCGGCGGGCAACGUCCUUGGACUCCUGGUAGUCGGCGCGCGGUGGUACGAGCUGUCCCUCUACCUGAUGGAUGUCGUCCUCAGCUUGGCGGGUGAUGUCGUCCGGUCCCUCUCGGCAUUCUGCGGGGUGUGGUGCGACUUCAGUCUUGACAUUCUCGGAUGAUGUUUGCCCAAUAUAGCGGGAUGAGUGUGUGGUCUUCGGUCAGCGGUGGGGAUUCUGUAGUGUGAAGUACAGACGUCUGGACCUCUGGGACGGCGGUGCAUGGGCGUUUCUCCUGCGCGACAUCUUCCGCCCUUGAAGUCGCCGAUGUGGGCUCCAGGAUGCGAUGUGGUUCUUCCAUAAUUUAUCGGAUGAUAUAAAGA